AUGGAUCUCCGCAAACCGCCAGAGCAUAUACUAGAGAUCUUUGCGGAUCGGGCGUCGGUCAAGGAGAUCGUGAAGGGAAUAAUACAUGCAAUCUUCUUCCACCGCUACUUCCCCUGCGUCAGACCGGAUUCCGUCGACGUUCUCGACCUGACGCUGCCGGUUAUCGAUGACCUGGAGGUUGAGACGCUGAUUGAUGCGCGGGUGAAUGCGUUGAUACAGCAGCAUCUCUCGACAGCGUCGAACUCUGCGAAUGGCGGGGUACGGGCUCGCAUUGCCGUGCAGUUCUUCGAGAAGAAGCGGAAGAAGUCUGGUGCUUGGUUUACUGGGUUGACGGGUAAUAAUGAAGAGGAGGUGUGUUGGGAGAUAUGGACGCUGGAUAUUACCAUUGCGACUCCGCGGACAGAUUUAGACCGAGCCAAGGUGCGCAAGGCGAUGGAGAAGAUGCUGCACAAAGCCGCACUCAAGAUCGUUGCGAUUGCGAACAAGAACAAAGACCACAUACCGCCGAUUACGAGCGAGACGAACCCGUUCCCUUACCAGAUUGUCCUGAACCCGAAGCUGGACAACUGGGGCAAUCGGCUGGGCCUUUACUGA